AUGGCCUCGGACCAAGAACGGAACCAUGCGCUCCAAGCGCUCCGAACCAAGCUUAUCGAGUCGCGAGAAUGGGAAUCGAAGCUCAAGGCCUUGCGCGUGGAAAUCAAGGGAUUAGAGAAGGAGUUCAACCAGACUGAAGAGAACAUCAAGGCCCUACAAAGUGUCGGGCAGAUUAUCGGUGAAGUCCUAAAGCAGUUAGAUGAGGAAAGAUUUAUCGUCAAGGCCUCUUCAGGCCCCCGAUACGUCGUUGGAUGCAGGUCGAAAGUCGACAAGGCCAAACUGAAGCAGGGGACCCGUGUAGCGCUCGAUAUGACGACACUGACAAUCAUGCGAAUGCUACCCCGAGAAGUUGACCCCCUCGUUUACAACAUGUCACUGGAAGACCCCGGUCAAGUCUCUUUCGCUGGUAUCGGUGGUCUCAAUGACCAGAUCCGCGAGUUACGUGAGGUUAUCGAGUUACCGUUGAAGAACCCGGAGCUAUUCUUAAGAGUGGGCAUCAAGCCGCCCAAGGGUGUGCUACUAUAUGGACCUCCGGGUACAGGAAAGACGCUGUUGGCAAGAGCCGUAGCUAGCAGUUUAGAAACGAAUUUCUUGAAAGUCGUUUCCUCAGCUAUCGUCGACAAAUACAUCGGCGAAUCGGCACGACUUAUACGAGAAAUGUUCGGGUACGCCAAGGAGCACGAGCCGUGCAUUAUCUUCAUGGACGAGAUCGAUGCCAUCGGUGGCCGACGAUUCUCAGAAGGUACUAGUGCAGACCGAGAGAUCCAGCGCACGCUCAUGGAGCUACUCAACCAGCUAGAUGGUUUCGACUACUUGGGCAAGACCAAGAUUAUCAUGGCCACGAACCGACCCGAUACCCUGGAUCCCGCCUUACUGCGUGCCGGUCGUCUUGACCGAAAGAUCGAGAUCCCGCUACCGAACGAGGUCGGCCGUCUUGAGAUUCUCAAAAUCCAUGCCCAAAGCGUCGUCACCGAAGGCGAGAUUGACUUCGAGAGCGUAGUCAAGAUGAGCGAUGGCCUGAACGGGGCCGAUCUGCGAAACGUGGUCACGGAGGCCGGUCUAUUCGCGAUCAAGGCCUACCGAGAUGCUGUCAACCAAGAUGACUUCAACAAGGCCGUCCGAAAGCUAGCGGAAGCGAAGAAGCUAGAAGGCAAGCUAGAGUACCAGAAGCUAUGA